AUGUACAGAUCAAAGCUAGUAAGCGUCUUAGCGAAAAGACCGAGCGUUUCGAAAUCUUUUAUACGUUUGAGCACAAGAAGACUAAGUCAAAAGAGUUCGAAACGUAUAGAGUCGUACGGUUUUGUAGGCACUCUGCUGUUUGGGAUUGGCUCAGGCUUAGUUGCGUCCGAUUAUGUACUGGGAGAUUCAAGGAAACAAGUUUUCCCUUUAAAAUCUACCACACCGUUACAGAGUUUAGAACCGCCAAAGUAUGGUUCAGAAGAGGAUUUACAACACUGCAUCAGAGAAAUUACGGCUGUGAUUGGCAAUGAUAAUGUUAAGAACUCAGAUGUUGAAAUCAAACAUCAUACGGACAAUGGGUUUAAUCCAACGAAACCUUUGCCUCACCAGAAGCCAAAAUGGGUUGUGUACGCUUCUUCGACAGAAGAUGUAAGUGCUAUCAUGAAGAUCGUCAACAAGUACAAUAUUCCAGUAGUACCCUUCUCUGGAGGGACUUCGUUAGAGGGACAUACGUAUUCUACCAGACCAGGCAUCAUGCUUAACACAUCGAAAAUGAACAAAAUUCUGAGUGUGCAUGACAAAGACUUGGACGCCGUGUUACAAGGCGGUGUUGGAUGGCAGCAAUUAAACGAAUACCUUUCCAGUGUACCAGAAUAUAAAAAUCUCAUGCUUGGUUGUGAUUGUGGCCCCGGUGCCCAUGUCUGCGGAAUGGUAAACACUAAUGCGUCGGGUAUUGGAGCAACCAGAUACGGUUCAAUGGGAUCGAAUAUAAUAUCAAUCACUGUAGUAUUGGCAGAUGGAACUGUCAUAAAGACAAAGAAAAGACCUCGUAAAUCAAGUGCCGGUUACAAUUUAACUGGCUUGUUUGUAGGAAGCGAAGGAACACUAGGUAUUGUUACCGAGGUAACAGUAAAACUUCAAGUUAAACCCCCAUAUGAGACUGUGGCUGUAGUCCAGUUCCCAACCUUGAAAGACUCAACUAAUACUGUCGCAGCGUUAUUCCAAAAAGGUAUUCAAUUGAAUGCUGUAGAGUUGUUGGAUUCAAGCAUGAUGAAAUGUAUUAAUUAUAGUAAUCUUGUUAGAAAGAAAUAUGACAACGUUCCUACAUUGUUUUUCAAGAUUGCCGGUUUAAACAAGACAGUAGUUAAUGAGUAUGUCAAGGAAGUAAAAAAGGUUUCUUACGAUAAUCACUGCACUAAAUUCGAGUUUGCCAAGGAUGAAAAAGAGGCGGAAGACUUAUUUUCCACGAGAAAAAAUGCACUCUAUUUAAUGCUAGAUUAUGCGUACAAUGAGAUCCAUGAAGAUGCCAAAAUGUGGAUUACAGAUUGUGCUGUACCUUUGUCAAACCUUGCAGCUACUCUAGAGGAAUUGGACGCAAUUACUGCAACUUAUCCAUUAUCGCACAUGACUCUAGGUCAUGUCGGAGACGGUAAUAUCCACUACGACAUUUUUUACAAACCAGAUCAGUACGAGAUUUGCAAGCAACUAGUUAGUAAAAUUAAUGAAGUAACCCUAAAAUAUGAGGGAACAUGUUCCGGGGAACACGGAAUUGGCAGUGGUAAGAGAGCAUUCUUACAACAAGAAUUGGGCGUGGAUGCCAUUGACUUAAUGCGCAAGUUGAAACUGGCACUUGAUCCAAAAAGGUUAUUAAACCCUGAUAAAGUUUUCAAAAUUGAUCCUUUGGAUCCUAGUAAUGAGUAA